GUUAAUUUCUAAUUUUAUGCUUCAAGAAAGAAAUUAAGUUUUAUUUGUAAUCGGUUUUAAUCCCUAUGAUUAAACGCGCAUGACAUUUUGCAGUGGGGGUCAAUGCGCAUAGUCAAAGCAUUGCGCAUUUCGUGGCUAACCUCACCGAGUCGAUCGACCAGCAGCCAACGAGCUGUCAGUGCGAAACCUUUUCAUUUCGUCUUGUGCUGUAUUUUGGUGCCUAGUGGGUGUGCUAAGUGUCUUCGAGCGCAUUUUGUUUUAUUUGGGUGCUACUAAACAUUAAAAUUACAGGAUGCCUUCAGCAGCGCCACCCGCCGAAAAUGGCGCGCCGCGCAGCGAGCUCGAGCAGCUACAGCUGCGCGCUGGUCAAGUCACCGAUGAGUCGCUGGAGUCGACGCGGCGUAUGAUGCAACUAUGUGAGGAGAGCAAGGAGGCCGGCAUUCGUACUCUGGUCGCUCUAGAUGACCAGGGAGAGCAAUUGGACAGAAUCGAGGAGGGCAUGGAUCAGAUCAACGCGGACAUGCGCGAGGCAGAGAAGAACCUCUCGGGCAUGGAGAAAUGUUGCGGGAUCUGUGUGCUGCCGUGCAACAAGGGUGCGUCAUUCAAGGAGGAUGACGGCACGUGGAAGGGGAACGACGACGGCAAGGUGGUCAACAACCAGCCGCAGAGGGUGAUGGACGAGCGCAACGGGAUAGGACCACAAGCUGGAUACAUAGGAAGGAUAACAAACGACGCUCGAGAAGAUGAGAUGGAAGAGAACAUGGGCCAGGUGAACACGAUGAUCGGCAACCUGCGCAACAUGGCGCUGGACAUGGGCUCCGAGCUGGAGAACCAGAACCGCCAGAUCGACCGCAUCAACCGCAAGGGUGAGAGCAACGAGACGCGCAUAGCAGUGGCCAAUCAGCGCGCGAACAAGCUCCUCAAGUCUUAAGCACCACGCACUUGAAUAAACCCACUAAAAUGACGCUUACUUACUUACACUUAUUUAUUUCAAUUAGAUAUAAAUUACAAACAGUAAAUAAACUAUUACAAAUAAUGUUAAGAAACCAACAUAAUGAGUUUGGCGAUGGGAGAAAUAUGAAAUGAAUAUAUGGUUGGUAAGCGUCAUUUUAAGAGUCUCUUAAGCGUUAUAUUGUGGUAAGUACAGUUAUAUUAUUCACGUAUAGUAUAAAAAUUGCAAUAAUUUGAUUUAUGUCGUUAUUGUACGAGGCUUGUGGACAAAUUGACUGACGUGUUCCUAGUCAAAUUGUCAAGUAUUCUACUAAAUAUUGUCUUGUCCAUCAAAAUGAAUUGUAUUCGUAACUGUACUUACCUGACUAUGUUCAUUUCAACUUUGAGAUUGCAAUUUCCUAAUUUAUUUAUUCUUGCCUUAUUUUUAAGUUAAGUUGCGUUUGCAAUGAAGUCUACAUUCAUCUGAGAUUGUAUUUACAAAUCGUAAAAAACAAUAAGUAAAAGUAAUUCGAUAUUAAUGUUCAAAUUAAUGCUUCAAUUAAGAAAUAUCUACUUACUUAAUAAAUAAUUCCUUACAAAUAACAUCGUGCUAUGAUCUACUUAGUCUCUUAAAUAAAUACAAUCUCAUAAAAUUAAUCAUUUGCAAAGAAGAAUUACCUAUUUAUGAUUUGAGCAAUGUGCCAAAAUUUUGUUCAUUAAGUACGUCACACACACGUUAAUACACUUAUCAUUUACGUAUUUAAAUAGUCACACUACGUCACUGUGUUUACCGUUCUCAUAAAUUACAGUCAGAGCCUGAACGCAAUGCCUACACCUCGCCUGUAGAUAUUAAAAUAGAAAACAAAGCUAUUAUUUUUACAAUGAAUUUUUAAAAAUAUGCACUACCUACAUAACUAUUUUCAGAUGACUUUGAAGGGCUAAACAGCCAUUUGUUCCAUUGAAUCGCACUUAAUUGUAGCACAAAGUCUUUAUGAAAUAAAAUAAUAUUUAGAUAUCUCAUUUGCACUUGGAAUGCAAUAAAUAAUUAAGGUGUGCAAAGAUUACAAGAUGGCGCCGGACGUAGUUAAACCUCGAAGCUCAAACUGUUUCCCGCCAUUAAAUGGCGUCGUGACGUAUCUGCACGUGUGUUACAGAAUCCCUCACUUCUUUGAUAAGCAAACAGUACCUAUCAACAAGUCUUCGUCUUUAAAACAUUAGUGAGAUUUUAAAAAUUAAAUAUUAUGUAGUAUUAUGAUAUUUGUUGAGAUUGUUCGUCUCGUCAUUCUUUGUACCUAUCUGAUAGUUCAGUUUAGUGUUUAUUUGUAGUACGUUCGUAUUGAAAUCGAAUGUACAGUUUCUAUUAAUUUAUUAGAUUAAGAUAAUGGUGCCUGAAUUCGUAGUUUAAUUUAGUUCUGUUUUAUUUCAACGUUUGUCAUAUGAUGCAUUUAAUAUUGAAUAAGUUACAGAUUUUAACAGUCGAAGCUUUGAUCUUUAUGUUUUAUUUAGUGAUUGCGUAGAAUUUAUUAAGCGCUUUUACACGGCGUCGCUCGCUAAGUCGGAUAAAGAAAGUUAAGUAAUGUGAAAAGAAAGACGAAUGACCCUGAGCGUGUAAACGACUUUCCAGUUAUUGUUAGCUCCAUAAGACCUACUUUCACGAUAAUUCUGCAAUCAAAAUUGGAGUCAAAUAUGAUCUUGUAUAUCUGCCAUAUUGUUAUAGACAAGGGCAGUGAUGUAAUUAAGAAAGAUAUAUGUUUAGCUUAAUUUUCCUUUUCGAAUUGUCGUGGAAGUCGGUCUUAGCCAACUCAGUGACUCCUGUGUCGAACUUGAUCUGUUGUGAUGUUCCGAUACUGGGCUUCAGUAACUGGUAGAUAUAGGAACAUGAUACUUGAUAGCGUUGUAAUGUGAUUACAGAAUAUAAUGCAAUAGUAUAAUAUGAGAUCGUUAGUUGAAUAUUUAAAACUUUAUUAUUACUUAAAGUGUAUUGUUGUAAGUAUGACGAAUAAAAUGUACCGGCCUUAGGAGUAAUGUGUAGGAUGUUAAAGGCAGCGGCUUGACAAAUUAUUAUACUCGUGUACCAGUUAGUGUUAAGAGUUUUCGAAAAUUUCUCUAUGUCUUUUUCUCUCAAUCGUAUUAGUUUCUAAGGAUAUACGUGUACCGACGGUACGCGGACAUUUAUCUAAGUACAUCAUAUUUUAAUAAAGAAAUAUUUUAACAGUGUUAUCUCGUAACUUUUGAGCUGUGGACCUUCUACUGUCGCGUUGUGCCGUCGACCGCUAGCGCCACUGUGUCAGUGUGUCGCCGACACAGCGCGUCGGCGCGUGCGCAGCCUCGUAGAUUGUUUUGUAACAGCUAUCCAAUUUAACCAAUAGAUGUGUAAAUUUACCGCCUGCAUAAUCUGUAUAAUGAUUUUAAUCAGCCUAAAAUAUUAACUAUUUAGGAUAAAAAUUAUUAUAUCUAUUUUCUUUAAGAAUAGAUAAAAUGAUAGUAUAAACUGUUAAUUUCUAAUUACAUUAUUGAUUUGUUAAAUUACAA